CAAUACCCACUGCUACCACGAGAUGGCAGCAGUACAGCACAAACUGCUGCUUUUUUGUUCUGUCUUUCCACUCACAACAUGGCGGAUAAACAUUUUGUGAGUAUAAUCACGACCUUCCGAGAAUCUCGUCACCGUCUCUACGGUAACCUGGAAACAGACCGGGUUGCCAUAACAACUAAAAUACACCGCUGAAAGAGGAACAGGACGCUUACGACAUGAGCGUACGAACUUUCUGCCCGUCUGUCCGGGUCGGUAACUGGAAUGAAGAUGUUUCUCUGCAACAGGACGUUAUGAAGGAUUUCUUGGAGAAGAGAGAUAGAGGGGAAUUGCUUUUACAGAAAACGAGCAAUUUAAAGAAAAAUAUCUUGAAGAAGACAGAGCUUUCCAUUUCUAAGGAUGGACUUCUGCACUUCGGGGACGUAGUGAUGCUGCUAAACCCUGAGAAUGCGGAGGAGAGUAUGAGUAACCCCUCUCCUGUGUUUGGAAGUUUUACUUUGUGUGUAAAUCCAGAUGAAAGUGCGGUGCAUACAAAGAGCCACUUGAAACUACCAUGCGGGAUUAGUGCCAGCACUAAUGUGAAGCCGUGUGAAAGAAACAGUUUCAUCAUUACCAGUGUUGAUGGAAGUGAAGUUGGAGAGACACUUCAUUUUGGGCAGAAUUUUGCUUUGAGAACAUUAGAAGGUUUCAUGGGGCAUUUCCGUCUGAGAAGUGAUCAGAAGACAUUUCUGAAAUGCAGUAAGAAGUCAUGCUUACAGGAGGUCAGUCUAACAGACCAGCAAUCCUAUGAGACCUGCUGGCAAGCUGUUUAUUUGGAUCCUCAGAUGAGGCUGGAGCAUGAAGGUCUUCCUGUACCGGCAAACACAAAGCUCCUGAUCGUUCACAGUAAAACAAAUCAAUGUUUAGCUGUACUGAGGAAGUAUGUCCUGUGGACGAUAUUUGGCAAGGAAUGUGAAAUCACAGCACACACCUUCUUAAAUGGGCAUAAAGUGGAAGAUAAUGCAAAUCAUUGGACUAUAGUCACUGGUAAUCCUAGCGAUGACAUACACACUAUGUUUGACCGACCCAAACCACCAAACUGACCAAAUAAAUCUCCACCACAGCCUGUGAUUCCAACCAUAUUCGGAACUGCGUACUAUUUGCAUUGUGCUGUUACAUUAUCUAUUGUAGUUAUAAUUUACCUCCUAUGAUUAAACAUGAAUCAUAUAUGUCUUGAAUUAUAUG